GAGGUGGGGCUGCCACAGCUCCCUCCACCCUUCCUCCCACCUGAGUUCAGCUGCUGCUGCUGCUGCUGCUGCUGCUUUGCCAGUGCCAGAGUCGUCCCUGUGCACUGUAACCUUGGCAUCCUCGGAGCAUCCAGCAGCUGCCAGGCACUUGCAGCCCUCUCAUGAAUGUCUUUCUUUUUCUCCAAGUGGCUGACUUCUGUUUUUCAAGGCUACUGUUUUCCAUCUCCUCGCUUAAAUACUGUAUCUUCUCGAAGUAUGGAAUUUGUAUGGAAACGAUGGUGGUAUCUUCAGCUGAGCUGUAUAUUGAUAAUGAAUUUGGUUUAUGCCAAUCUAGAGUAUCAAAAAGAAACUCCUCCAAGCCUGCUUGAGAUUGACCAUCAGUGCUGGGAGGCAUCAUCCCAUGGGCUGGUGGAAAUGAAGAAACUCAAGGUAGCAGAUACAGUCAUUGCUCUCUGGGACUUCAUGAUGUUCCUAAAGGAAUCCCCUAAGCCCAAGCACAAUGAACUCUUCAAUGAUUUAGCCCAGAACUUCUGGGAUAUGUAUGUGGACUGUGUGCUCUCAAGAUCCCAUGGAAUGGGCAGAAGACAAUUAACAUCUCCCAAAUAUUCUUCCACAUACUCACACAGAACUUUAGAAGGGUCUGCUUUCACCAAUCCAUUUUAGGCCAGAAGGGGAGAAGAUGAAGAUACUUAAACAAGGCAACAUCAAAAUGAAGGAGCACAAAAUCACAAUAUAUAUUGUAGGUGUUUGGACAAAUUCUUUGGCAUAGUUCAAUCUCUUUUUAUUUUUCCCUUCUUUUUGUAUAAAGUACUAAAUCGCUCCUAAACUGAAAACUACAUGAACCCCCAGACUGGAACUUUUGCUUUCCUGUCUUGCAGUCUACCAAGCUUGCCUUUUCCUCACUGCAUGUGUGAAUGUGUUUGGAGUCAGCACCUCUGCUUUCCCAUAUAAACGUUAAAGUCUGGAUGUGCCAUAUUUUUGUAGAGUCUUGUCUUUUCCAAUAAUUCUCUUUUUAAAAGUUAAUCCUGAUGGAAACCCAAUAUAUUUUUAUACAUUAUCCAACAGAGGAAAUGUAAACAAAAGUAUUUUGUACAUUGUCUUGUACAUACCAUUAAGAACUGCCAAAAAAAGAAAGAGGUGAGACAUUAAGCUGAAGGGGAGGAUUAUGCUUAUUGUAAUGUCCUGUGCAAUCUAGACUUUGUAUUUUAUCAUUGCUUAGUCUAAGCUAUGGAUUAAUUAAAGUAUUUUUCUAAGCA